GCUUUUUUUUCUUUCUUACACAGGGAGAAGAGAUAAGCCAAGUUUACCUCCCAAAGAGGGACAGGAGUCACAGUCCUGGACGGGCAGCCAUUUAAUUUCACCCUCCUGCACAUUCCCACGUCUUCUCCCCUUCUGCGGUGUCCUGCUUCAGCAGUUUAAGACAAGACUUUGCAGGGAAGCAGCUUCCAGUACAGAGGAGUAAACCCACAACAAGACAGCACAGGAAAGAAAAACCCAUUUAACUUAGAGCCAUGAAGGAAAAAGUGAGGAGAGGAGGAGGAAGAAAUCAAGUCAAGUCUGACUCAAUCAGCCCGCCUGCUGGAGCUGAUCCCACUGGUAUGAAGAGAGAUGACAACACAUCAUUCCCUGUGAAGAUUCAGGGAGCAGGGAUAGAGCCAUUUGAACUCCAGAUUCAUGGAUUUUGGCUUGUUCAAGACGCAUUAAUGAACUUGCUUUCGAGAAAUGAAGUGUCUCCACGAUCCAGCUUGUCUUUGGGACUAGCUGGUCAAACUCUGGAUCCCCUUGCUGAGCUGCAAAGCCUCAAGGGUUUUAAAGCAGGGACAAUUAUUCGGCUGGUGGAAGAGCCUUACACUUCCCGUUCAGCGAGGCUCCACUUAGCCCGUGUUGUGGAUCUUCUGAGAGCCUCUGGACCUCAGGAUGCGCUGAGAGAAGGACGUUCACCAAGUAUCCUGGAGACACUCACACAAACACAAACACCUGACUCUAGCUUACCAAACGGGAAGAGCAUGAAGCGCUCUUUAAGCCACCAAAAGGCGGAAUCAAGCAGCCAGGAUGGAGCUCCCCCUGAGUACCUGCUCCCUGGCUCCGUAGAGAGACCCGUCAUGGCCCUGCUGCCACACAGCUCCCAACCAGAGGCCCCCAGUUACCUGAAGGAUUUGUCUCUAAGUUGUUGGAACCCACCUCCAGGUCACAGGAAGCUGCAGGGAGACUUCAUGUAUAUCACAGUGUUGACAAUGGAGGGACGACGCUGUGACAUCACAUCCUGUACUAAAGGUUUCUUCAUCAAUAGAUCUACAGAAGAUGCAUUUGAUCCCCGUCCUGCACAGUCUUCUCCAGUUUGUCAUUGUUUCACUGACUUGCUGUGUCAUGUUAGCCCUGCUUUUAAACAAACUUUUACAACCCUGAAAAACAGGCCUCAGCAACCAGCAGUAGAGGUGAUGCCCACUCCUUACCACACGGUGAGCUGGCUCGGGCCUCCCUGUGCCUCUCGUGCUCACAAAAAUCUCUUCAGUCGACUGGGAGUGGAUGAACAGGCAGAGACUCAGGCCGCAGACUGGAAUGAAGAGUUACAAGCAGCCAGAGACCUUCCGCAGGGGAGCCUAGAGGAAAGGCUGCAGAAAGACAAAGCUUUGCUACAAGUUAACAGUGCAUUUGUAAGGGCUGUCAUGCAAGGGGCAGAGACUGUGGUCGAUGGAUUUGUUGAACCAGUGGAUGGAAACCCAGAGGACCCAGCUUUCAUGUGGGGUGGCCUGUUCAUGAGCCAGGGGGCUGCAAGUGCUGUUUUUGGCAGUGAUAGAGGUCGCAGGGCAGCUCAGAGACUGGAGCUUCAAGGUGUACAGGCUUACAGUGAACUAGAGGGAUUGCAGGGCCUGCACACGCUACCUACAGCCAUUGUGGAUUACAGAGGAGUGCGCCUGUCUGCCCAGGGCCUGGCUCCUGGCCUGGAAGGCUCAGAUCAGGCCCAAGAAGCCACUCCCGCUUCGAGAGGUUUGCUUUAUGGGGUGAAUGCUGGACCCCAGGAGUCCCCCCAGCGCAGAAAGCUGCUGGCACUCUUGGCUCAUGCAGCCAAAUCUCUUUCCAUCCAGAGACAUGUUGUUUCGGCACCCAGUGGUCUUAAGGUGCCACUCUUCACAUCGGUGGAUGCUCAGGGGCUGCUGGGGGCCGAUGGGAGGUUCUACUUACUGGAUGUAUUCAGGAGCCUCCCAGCUGAUGCCAACUUUUGUCCAGAGGUAGAGACACAAAGUCAGACUGUCACUGGAGACGAAGAGAGUGACAAAAGUUCUAAAGAGGAUGAAGAGGAAAAGGGUCUUGAGAAGGAAGGCUCACCGGAGAAUUAUCAUGCCAACUAUGGACUUCCAAAGAGCUUUCCUCAUGGCCUCUGUAGGCUGAGGCCAGAGCUGGUGAAGGCUUUCAUCCAGCAUAAACAUUGUCAAUUCACUGAGCAUGUCAAGGAGAUGUUGGAUGAAAACGGAGGGUUUGAGGAAUGUGCAACAGCAGGUGACUCUCGAGCCACUGAUGCAGUGCGAGCUGCCUGCAGAGAAGUGGGCUCAGUAAGUGACAUCAUCUUUGAGAUGCGCUUUAACCCAAACGUUCUCUCUCCAGGGAUAUCCUUUCCUCCCAGUGAAAGUGCAGCAACAAAACUUCAGGAAAGAUUACUGAGGGAAGCUGCAUCUUUCAUCGUCACACACCAGAUACCAGCCUUUUUGCAGUUUUGUCUACAAAGCAAUGAAGCGCCGAUGGACGGAGCUUCUCUCAAACAGUUGCUACACCAGAGAGGCAUCAACCUCCGGUAUCUGGGACAUGUCAUCAAAGCCAUCACCCAAUCAGAACACAAGGAGCGGCUGAGACAUAUAAUGAGAUCAGCGAUAGGUCAAAUUGUUACCCGCUCAGCAAGAAGAGUGUUCAACAGUUUCCUCCAGGGCGUGGACAUACCAAGCCUAUCUGCAGCUGUCAGUCACUUCCUCAGUUGCUUAUUUGUUCCACACUUCAUGCCCACUCCUGCUGGGGAAGAGACAAAGAAGAAGUCAAGGCGACGUGGCCGUGGGGCUGGGUCUUCUGAGAGCACACCUUGGAGCUUGCUCACAGGGGCCGAGCUCUGGCAUCUGGUCUGUCAGGAUGCUGCUGAAACAUACAACGUCUCUGAUAGUCUUGGCUCUGAUCCAAACCACCUGGUGGACCAAUAUGGUCUCCAGAAACUCUCCCUGCUGAGAGAGUUCUGUUUAAAGACUGGAGUGCAGUUAAGACUGAGAGACUACUUUCCUGAAAACCAAAACAAAGCUCCCAUUGGCCCAGAUGACAUCCUUAAUAUCUUCCCCGUUGUCAAACACAUUCACAUGCCAACGGUGGAUGCUUCAAAAGCUUAUCGAGCUGCACAGAACUUCAUUCAGAAGGGUCUGCUGGAUCAGGCCCAUGAGCAGCUGAAGGAAGCAGUGUACCUGUUUGGUCGAGUGUGUGAUGAUCUGCACCCUGAGGCCUCUUACUGCCACAGUCUGCUGGCAAAGGUGGCCUUCCUGCAGGGGAAGAUGGCAGAGGCCCGCAGUGUCCAGCUGAAAGCAGUGGUCAUCAGUGAGAGGGUGCUUGGCUUUGACCAUCCGAACACUAUUCAGCAAUAUGCCCUCUUGGGUGUGUAUGUAUAUGCUGGAGGGGAGACAGUCCUGGCACAAAAGUGUGUCCUCAGAGCUCGUCUGCUAAUGCUAACUGUCCAUGGAGAAGACCACCCAUACAUCGCAACACUGGAUUGCUGUCUUGGUCUGCUGCUGGCAGAAGAUCAGACAGGACCGUUCCUCAAGAACGCCCUAAGACUCAACACUUCUUUCUUCAGCCCUACAGAUCUGCACACUGCUCUUAAUCAGCACUUGUUGGCCCAGUGGAUGUGCAGUAAGGGGGACUACAGAAGUGCUAUGUCACAUGAGAAAGAAGCCCUCACUGCCUUUACCUCACUGUUUGGUGAGGAUCACCCACAGACUAACUGCAGCAAAGAGUUCCUGUGCACCAUAACCAAGCAGGCAGUGAAGGUGGAACGCACUCUCAGACAGGCAGGAGUUGACACCACAGACCAAACUGUAGAGUGUCUGAGUCCAACAUCUGACACAAUUCUGGAGCAGAUGGUUCUGGUAACAGGCAUCAGAAGUAUUACAAAAAGUGACAGCUUCCAGGAGUACAAACAAAGACACAUCGAACGAAAGGCUGCCGUAGCAAAGGAGCUGGGGCUCAAACUAAUUACUGGGGCUGUUACCUCAGAUUUUGAAAGUGUAGAAGAGAAAAGCUCGCACAAAGAAACAGGAUGCGAGAUGGAAGUUGAGAAUGGAGGAAACAAAGUAGAGGUGGACAACAGUGAGAGUCAGCAGGAGCAGUCAGGAGAAGCCACGUCGGAUGAAAGUGCAGCAAUUUCAGCUAACAGUCAUGUGUUGAAGCCAACUGAACAAGGCAAGCACAAGGAAAAAAGUCAUGUAGACAGUGACGGAGCAGCUUUAGAUGCUGAAGUCAAGACAGUGAAUGAAAAUGAGAUCAAGGCAGGCUCGGGGGAGAAAAAUAGCGAAAUGAAUGGAACUGCGGACAUCAUUGCCAGCCCAUCGGUCCUUACAAGUAAGUUGACCUGGGCAGGUGUUGUUGGUUCAAAAGUGACCAAUGAAACAGGAAGCAAAGCAGUAAAUGGCACUUCUGACGAGUGAGACAGAGCACAGGAAUGGUAGGAGGCAAGUUUUCCAAAGUCCUUUUUAAAGUGUCACUCUCCCAGGUUGCUUGAGAUGCUGUGAGGGAUGUACUGUUGUUGAGCCUAAUAAACUUUUUGCUCUGAUGUACUAAA